AUGGGAUCUCAGGGGUUUUCGUUCCCACCCCCUCCCCCACCACCUCCUACCCAACAACCGCCCGCUUAUCCUCCAACUCAACAUGGACAAAACUGGGGUGGACGUGGUGGAGCUCCAAGAGGACGUGGAAGAGGCCAGGGCCAUCGAGGCAGAGGUGGACAUGCUGAAGGAGCACGCACACCAUCCUAUCCCCCGCCCGGGGGCUUCAAUUACGGCCAAACAACUUAUGCUGGAUACCCCAGCCAACCUGUGCAUGCAGCGCCCUACAUGCCACCGGCGCCAUACCCCCACGGACAAUCGCAAGGAUAUCAGAAUCCCCCAGGAUCAUCACCUUUUCCCAAUGCGCAAUACCCUCAGCCAGGAUCUACGCCGAGCUACCAACAUCUACCUUACAAUGCGCCCGCCAAUCAAGCUCCGUCAUAUCAACCAACCCCGUCAUACAUGCAAGGCUUGCCGGCUCCGCAUCAUGGCCACCAACCUAAUAGCCAGGCUGUCAUGGGCGGCAUGCCGUGGGGGAACGAUAUGCAGGGUCAGUACAUGGGAGCUCAAUCAGGGCAGGCACGGGGACCUCGACCCAACACACACAACCACGGUCCCAAAGGCAAAAUGAACCACAAGCGAGACCACGCCUCCGCUUUCACUAAGCCUCAGUCAACUAUUCCCCGACCACCCACAGCCCCGGCCGUACCCAGCUUCGGGAACCCUCUACCCUCGAAACCUCCCCCGGCUGCAGAUGCCACAGGCAAUCGCAAGACGAAGAAAAGGAAAAGGAAGCACAACCAGCUGGGGCUUACUCCGAAUGCCGAUGACCACGACUCCAGCGAGGAGGAUGAAGCGGAGGGCGCCGACGAAGAAACCAAGCUCGCGCAAGCCGGAGCCAAUCCUGGAGGGCUCCAAGUGUCCUACAAGGGCAAGACCUCCAACUUGGGAACACCGGCCGAGAUUGCAGCUUGGAUUGCGGAGCGAAAAAAGAACUUCCCAACCCAGGCCCGAAUCGCAGCGAAACAAAAGGCCGCCGAGGAGGCCAAGGCUGCUCGAGAGGCCGCUCGUCAGAAGAAGACACAAGAGCAGCAGGCAAAGCGCAAGGAGAAUCGCAAGCAGAGUGGCAAUAAGCAGAGCGAGAAUAAGCAGAGCGAGAAUAGCGCCGCCCCAGCAGACUCCGACGCGGAUGCCAAGCGCAGGGAAGAAAUCCGACGCAAUCUCGAACAAGAACAGGAACGCAUUGCUAAAGCUAUGGCUGAGGCCGAUGCAGCGCGUCUCCGCCUGGAAGCUUUACAAAAAGAAGCAUUGGGCCUUCAAACGGAAUCCGUCAAGCAAGACGACCAGCCAAUUGAUCAGCCCCCUGCCGAGUCGCAGAACAACACCCCUCCACCCAACAUCGAAACCGAACUAGCCGACGUUGAGCCACAAGAAUCAGCUUCUAGUCUUAAACCCGACCUCCCCGCGUCCUCGGAGGAUCCAGAGCGCUUACCCGAAGCGCCGGAACCAGCAAUUCCAAUCGGAGCUCCCUCGCCACAUGACCCUGAGAUUGAAUUGGCCAAUGAGGGCAGUGACUGGACAUCCUCAGAUGGCUCGGAUUCCGAUUCCGAAUCGCAUUCCGACUCCGACAGCGCGCCCGAACAAGCCAGUUCACGCCGCACGGGACCAGAUCGCGUGCCGCCCCCACCCCGCGAGGGCAAAAAGGCCAAAAGCGUCUGUCGCUAUUUCAGCAAUGGGAAAUGCAGGAACGGCGACCAAUGCUCCUUUUCUCACGACACCCCCGGUCCCAAGGCAAAGGCAGAAAAGAAGUCCGAAAAGGAGACUCGACGCAAGGGACUUUUCCAGGCCUUGCUGGACCGGCAGAAGGACGAUGAGGAUCGUCGCGCCAUGGAAGUGAUCGCCUUCCUGGGGCAGCAUAAUUUGCUUGUUCCGGAUACCAAUACCCCGAUACCCCAUUAA